AUGUCACAUUACGUUUGCCAGCGAUGUAAGCUGCCGUUGGUAGUGGAUGAUUCACUCCAGGAUCUAAGCACCGCCCAGGCCAAAUUGCUAACAGAUGGGGGCAACCACGAUGCUGGUGCCAUAGGAGAACUGCCAGUGAUUCCUCAUGAUAGACUUCAACUUUUCAAUGAGGCCUCGGUACAUCACCAGUUUGCAGAAGGCAGUCGUGUAGCUGAGGAAGGAUCGUUUGUGAUACUCAAUGAGAACAGGGACAAGUCCUUUCCUAACUUAGGAGCGGAUGAGAAAGGCAACACACGAAUAAGACCAACAGACGUGUCCGCAGUCUCAAAUCGCAUAAUUGACGACCAGGAAAGUGAUGAUGUUGAAACAACCGAUUUUUCCCAGAUUACAGGAUCAAACGAUGUGAUUUCUGAGCGAGUUGCUACGCUCGACCGUGUCUUCAACAUGUUGAGUUCCAACCACGAGAUUGAUUUCCCCGUUUGUAGCGAUUGUGCGAAUUUGUUGACAGAACAAUUGCGUGUGAAGUAUGAUAUCGCUGCCAAAGAAAAGGAUAUCUACGUGCAGUUUUUGAAGAAGCUGACGAAUCAGAUGGGCCCAAACAUGGCUAAGGCAGAAGCCUCUUUGGCGGAAAUAGAGGAGCUUAAAAAGGAACAGCAGGCCCAAAUACGACAAUUGGAAACUUUGGAGCGCGAGAAAUUGCAAUUGGAGAAGGAAUUGGGUGAAGCAGAGGCUGAGAUGGACCAUCUCAGGGAGCAGGAGUUUGAGUUUUGCAAGACGAAGAACAAGUACGAGAACGAUCUUGGCGAAUUCAUGGAAGAGCGAGCUAAGAUCAAGUCGCAAUAUGAGUACAGUUUGAACCAGCUGGAUGCUUUGAGAAAAGCAAAUGUUUAUAAUGACGCGUUUACGAUAUCUCAUGACGGCGUGUUUGGAACGAUAAAUGGUCUGAGGCUAGGUACCGUGGACAAUUGUAAAAUCUCGUGUCACGAGAUCAAUGCUGCCCUUGGUCAAUUGGUAUUGUUACUAGCAACUGUUGUUUCGCGGCUGAAUAUCAAGCUUUCCGGGUAUAUUUUGAGACCCAUGGGAUCCACUUCGAAGAUUGACAAGCUGGAGAAGGAUCCAAAAGAUCCAACGAAGACGAAGACGGUGACUCUUGAUUGUUUUUCCAAUGGUUCUAGCUCUUUUGCUACUCUGUUCAACCAGAAUAAGCUAGACUACGGCCUGGUAGCCAUUGUGGAUGUUGUUUCGCAAAUCGGAGAAAGACUCAGAUCGCUGGACGACUCGAUCAUUCUUCCGUAUGCCAUGUCGAAAGACAAAAUCGCCAAGUGCUCAAUCAAACCUUCUGCGAAAACUUCGAACGAGGAAUGGACAAAUGCGUGCAGGUACCUUUUGACCAACGCGAAGUGGAUUCUUGCCUACGCCAGUGCACACCAUUAA